UUUCCAACAUGUUUAUUCCUAUUUUAUGCCCUGUAUUUUUCCCAAGUUUAUUUAUUUUCCAAGUUUAUUAUAUUCAUACCAUAAAAGCUAUUAAUAUUACACCAUUUUAUAUUCCCCUACUAUUUAAGCAUUUUCGUGCGCAUUUAAUAUUUUCACAUUUUAAAAUUUUUUCUCAUUUUAAGAACAGCAGCAGUAUAUUUGCCCCUUUUAUACCCCUUUUUAGCUUGUUUUCUUUUUUAUUUUUCCUGUUUAUUUUUUAAAAAAAAUAUUUUUUUGUGCCUACAUAUUUUUUAUAAACAAUUUGCGCUCUU